AAAAUUAUGAACUUGAACUCUAAAGCCCUCUAUUAAUUGUUUCACGAGAUACAUAUAGUUCGUAUAUGAACCACCUCCGUAGCCCGAUCCAAUUCGAUCCAACAGAUGUCUCUUUACGUCUCGCGUUCUGAAUUGUUUUUGUGCAAUACAUCAUGGCGCCCAUAGCAGUGGCUUCUGGGAGCGUGCGAUGGUUACCAUUUUUCAGUGUCUAGUUUUGCGCGGUGUGUAACGUAACCGUUCGAACAGUGGUGUUUCAUAUGGUGUUUAUUGUCGUUUUCUCGUCAAAUUCGCGUUCGCAUCGGAUGUACGACGCUGCGGAGACCGAUAUGGAGGCACUGUAUCACUUUUCCAAUGUUAUUUCACUGAAGCAGGUGUUGGGUUAAGUCGUACAAGUCAACAGUCAAAACACAACACAAUCACAGGCGUUCGGUAAACACCAACAAAUUGUAAUGGUAAUAAUCGGUGACUGCAGUUCACGACACAGCAAUACGUCAUGCAGAGCAAGUCUGAAUUAAGAAGGGGCUCAACAAGAGGGCCGUUGAUAUGCUGUUACAAUGGCAGGAAAGCCUGAUCUGUCGGCUGCCACCGAUGUCCAGAAUGUCGUAGUAUUCGUAUCAAACGACACAUUUGCCAGAGCUUAUGCAGUUGGACAGCAGAAUGUGCCCCCGUGCUCACAGAAUGGCACCUACCAAAAUGCCCAACAUCCAAUGGCCACUGUCACUGCAAAACCUUACUCUGACAAACAGAUCAUCAAGCCCCCAGACUAUCCAACCAAUGGACAAGUAGUCAAUGGACAGCCGGGGGGCUACUUCAUCUCCCAGAAUGGCUUCCCUCAACCUGUGGUGAACAAUAUCGGUUACCAAAAUGGGAAAAACUACAAUGAGGUGGUUCCGGAAAGGCACUCGGGUCCCGGACGGCCGGAGGCCAAAUCGCGCGGCGAAGAGUGUGACAAUCGCGAUGGUUUCGCGGACUCCAGUUACGUGACGGUCAUGGGGGCCGCCGACAUGGCCCCGCAGAGUGUUCGUUGUGAUUCAGUGCGAUCCGAGGCCGGUGAGUCCAGCUGCAGCAGCCUAAGUUCAGCCGAUGAGAGCAUGGUGGUUGUGCAGAAUGGGCCCAACGAAAUGGUAGUGUAUGAUCCUAGUGUUAGUGUUCGGCCUGGGGGUGUUGUUCUGACCGUGGGGCCGGCCCCUAUAUCUCAGCAGACGCAGGGUGGGCCCACGGGGGCCAGUCCAGUGCAAACGCAGAACCAACAGCCCUCCAUUCUGGUACCCUAUGGGUGGAAAAGGAUUGUCAACAAUGGAUCUGUGUUUUAUAUCAGUCCGAGCAACGCGGCUCUCAGUUUCCCGGACGAAGUGAAGAAAUAUCUGCAGACAUCCGGGACGUGCAAGUGCGGCUUGGAGUGCCCCUUCAAGUUCGACAGCGUUUUCAAUUUCGAUCCGAAGGUUGCUAGUAAGCCGUGGGUGUUAUCGCCAGAUACAAAUCAAGGGGACCUGACAAAAUUAUGCAACCACAAAAGAAAAACACUGGAAAUGGCCUCAUUAGAUUGUAAGCCACCCGACCCCCACGUUAAAUUAAGAAAAGAAUUCAAUAUCAAAAAGAAGAGGCGAAAAAUUGGAUUGCCAUAUGGAGGAGUGUCAGUAUCGCAAAUUCUUGCACAGAGGGAUAAACUACCUCUACAUAGUCAGCAUAUUCAGCAGCAAAAUUACGUUAAGGAUAACUUAGGAAAUCAACAACAGAUAUGGUCUCAAUCGUCGGUGAACAAUGCUCAAGUGGUCACCAAUCGGUUACAGGGUUACCCGGAGGGCUACCAACAGCAAUUCAUUCGGUGCCAGGACCAGUCCGGCAACAGGGUAUUGGCCGGAUCCCCAAUAAUUCUGGGCGAAGGCAUGAUGGUUCACAACGGCACGUCCAAUCCCAACAUAUCCCAUCCGCAGCAGCAACAAAUGCCGCCCCAGAACCAACCACAAACACAACCUUUACCACAUAUGUCUCCCUCUACAUCCAACCCCAAUAUCCACAUCCAACAACAACACAUAAUAGGACCCAAUGGACAAAUUAUCAACGUUCAGGGACCGAUUCAUCAGCAUCGUCCGAUGGAUGCGCAAAUUCAGAACAGUGAAACUGUGAUGAUGCAAAGUCAGGGUGUUAUGCAACCACAUCAACAAAGAAUUUAUGUUAACGGACAGCCCAACGAACCAAGCGGACCAGGUCGGCCCAAUGUCCAAAUGAUUCCAGUAAGCGUAUCAAGUCAGAGACCACCACAGGAUGUACAACGUAUGCAUCAUCAGCAGCAACAGCAACAUCAACAACCGUUCUACAAUCAAUAUCAACCUGUUCAGCAGUUUGAUCCUUCGAAGAAUGUCCGACCUUUUGGAGGACAAGUUAUGAAUGGUUUUCGACCCCAAGGUAUUCCCAACAAUCAAGUGGUCCCUUGUCCGGUACAAAUGGGGCCUCAACAACAAAAGAUGCAUUGGCAACAUAGGAUACCUCAGCAACAUCAUCAACAAACUCAGCAACAGCAACAGCCUCCGCCUAACCAAAUUCCCAUAUCCCCGCAGCAACAGAGUCCUAAUAACUCGGCAAACGUUUAUGAAAGGGUUCCUCCUUUGCAUCAGCCGCAAACGGUGUGGCAAGAGGAAAUCAAGAGGAAAAAGGUGAAAAUGGGAAAAGUAUCGAAGAAUAGGCCUUACGUGAUGGAUGGGUGUUCACCAAACCACGCGCCUUGUCCUAAUAUUGACGUCAGGCAAAUACCCGGGGAAAGUUGUAGACCGAUUCUACCUAAUCCUUUUCCGCCUAGCAGUGGUCAAAGUUCAAGUCCCUCAUUUAUGGAAGAUCCUAGCGGUUAUCUAGCUCAGCAAACCGCUUUAUUAAAUAAUACAAUUAACGGACAAACAGGAGCAAAUGCGUGUAAUUUUGCGUGUAGUAGUCCAGCUUCAUCCAUACAGAAUACACCUCCAUCAAAUAUAAUGUCACAAGGCAAUGAAGUUCCUCUGCCGAGUAAUCUUGUAGUGCCCCACAUGAAGAACCAACCAAAUAGAUGUCAUCAGAACGUCAAUAUGAUUUCUAACAAACCACAACAGAUACCGCAGCAUAUCAUGAUGAAUCAACAGCAAUACAAUGUUAUGACCCAGCAACAACAGCAGCAACAACAAAAUGUGGCAGAUAGCAGUGUCGUGCGAGAUCAUCAAUUUAAUCAGUGCCACGGUUGCGUAGCGGAUAGUGUACAACAACCAGGACAAUUUAUAGUCAAGGAUAAUGGUCAUAAGCACUCGCAUUCGAGACCCAAUAGCGAACCUGGAACACCUAGUUCAUCUGGAACGUUAGAGGAUCCAGUUACAUCUUCGACGUUCUCUGAUAAGCAAAUGAGUUUGGCCUCUCCAGAUUCGAGACCGAUUCAAGGAGGAACUGUCAGCACAAGUAAUGUGUCACCUGUUGAUGGUACACAAUCUGAUCCUCCAACUCCCCAUCCACACACACCAACGCCGCCUCAAAUGCCAUUUGUAUAUUCUCAGAAUAAUCAAGUGCAUAUGCAACAGAGAGAAGCAAGUAGUAGCAGCAAUUAUAUACCUCCUUCGGGUAAUAGUAAGCCAGAAAUGUGUACUCAUUCCCAUACUCCAACAAGAGUUCCUGGAGUUGUAACAACAAUGGCCAGUGGACGAACUGUUGGUAGUAACACCAUAACGUCUGUGCUUGCCGGCCGAGCUAACACGGCCACUGUUUCUGUGAAUGCACCCUCUACCACACCGUCAUCAGUCAACUCCAAUGUUCCAACGCAUGCAAUUACCGUCAACGUUUCGAAGUCACCUCUUGAAAUGGUACAAAGCGUCGUCAGCAGCAUUCAAGUCCCACACACACAGCAGCCGAAUGCCAUGAGCUCGGCGCACAACAGCAAUCAACAACAGCAAAUAUCGCCUCAAAUUAUAAAACAUUCUCCUACAGGUCUACCACCUGGUCACAUUUUAGUUUCAUCUGGGGGUCAACUGAUAAUGGCGAAUACCGGCAACGGAAACGGAGUCAUGGCGCCGCCGCCACCUAAGAUUAUGGCUAAUCAGGGUGGAAUGCCGCCUAUAUCCGUGUCUCCCAUGAUCACCAAUGUGACUGCAUCUGUAACUCAAGUGAUUCCUGCUGUAGCACAGCAAGUCUUAGGACAACAAACAGUACUGGUUAAUGCACUUCCAACUCCGUCAUUUGUUUUGCAACCUGGCGUAACCAUGAGCAUGGACGGUAUGACCGUUGGACAAAACAUGCAAAUUCCUCAAUUAUUAGCAGGAAAUGUGAUACAACAACAAAUUCAAAUAGAUAAUCCGGAAGCGAGGCGGGGGACCGCGUUGUUAUCACCAGAGACCAAGAAGAAAGGUAAAAAGAGGAAAAUGUCAUCUCAGACUGUGGCCAGUAUGUUGCAUAUUGCAGCUCAACAAAAUUCUGGUGUUAUGAUGUCUCAACAAGGUUUCCCACAGCAGAUUCAAAUGGCACACAGUCCCCAGGGUAUAACAACGGGUCCCGUAAUGCAAGCUUUGACUAUUGUUCCUAGUAAAAACGGCGGACCUCCUCAAAUAGUAAUGAAUGGACAAGCUAUGGCGAAUACCAAUCUGGGUACACAGCAACUCAUAACAAAUUCACAGCCCACUCAGCAAAUUAAUUUAUUACAACCUGUUAACUUGAUUAAUGGUACGACUGGUGUAGUACAAAACUUUCCAAUACAGCAGUUUAUUUUACCUAAUUUGAGUGCCAGCAUGGUAAUGAAUGCCGAUGGCACGGCGACUAUAUUGCAAGACACAUCUAAUUUGGGUAUGCAGUUGCAAAUCCAAAACGUUAACGGCCAGAAUGUGCUCACGCCAGUUCAAAGUAACGUCUUCAAUGGUAGUCAGAACAUUCUAGCUGCUGGUCCAGCAGGAAUGGUCAUAAGAGCUCCAUCCUCUCAGGGUAAAAUCAUCCAACAACAACAACACAGUCCUGGUGCGCAGUUUUUAUCUCCGAAUGGUGGCCAGUUUGUGGUGAACGGGGCGCAGUUUAGUGGCCAGUUAAGUCCUUUAGUAGCUAGUGUUAGUCCAUCUCAGCAGAUGACAUUCAGCACGUCCCCCCAGGCGAUGAGGACUAAUAAUUCAAUUCAACCCCAACAGCAAGAGUAUAUACAGUGCGGUCAGACUUUAAUGGUGCCUUGCGCUCCUGGUCCAAAUAUUGCAGUUUCUUCUUCCAAUCAACAGAAUACAACUUACGUGCAGCAAAACACUACAAUAGUUCAGCAACAGACCACUAUGGUAUCUAACAAUCAGCAGCUUCAGAAUUUCCAAAACGCCUCUCCACAACAACAAAAUCCCCAGCAAAACGUCGCUAGAACAACAACUCUAAACGUCGAUCAGAACUUCAUUAUCAGUUCAAAUGAUAGCAAACAAGUGCAGGCAGUAGUACUGCAGCGUGAUGGUCCUCAGAAUCCUAAUUACAGGCAUUCGGUGUCAACACAGACGGCUGUUAACCAAAACACGCAGUCUGUAACAACGAAUACGUUUACAUCGACGCUAUCUGCUGGCGGAAGUCCACCUGACACUACCACAUUAAGUCCAGUCGCGUCUGGGGUGCAGAGCCCUCCUACCGCCGAUACCACGACGCAUUCUGGAAGCACGGACGAUGGCCUCUCACCUGCACCCUCGAAUUGUUCCACAAAUUGCGGUGAUAUCAACAUCCAGGGGAGACAGCAAUCAAUGGCAAUGGUGCACUGCAUUUCCAGUAGUGAACCAGAUUCUGCAGAACUGACUUCACAGACUCUCGAACACGAUUGGCGGCGAUCGCAACCAAUGUGCUCGACUCCCAAACCCGACUACGGUGAAAUCACCAGCCAGACUCAGAUCGCGUUCAAGAAAUCUGGCUCAACACCCACCCAUCUGGCCUACGCAGAGAGUUCGACUUUGAUGUCUGGAUUGCUGUUCUCCGAUCAUGUUAAAUCCCACCAACAGGAAGCUGUGGUCAGUUCUAGAAAUUACGAAAAGAUGCGACGGAAGAACAGCGAGGCGAUGAUCGUAAUGGAGGCAACACAAAUGCAUACAUCGCUUUUCGAAGACGAUGAAGAAACCGGCAAAGCCGAAUCGAAAUCCAGUUUUGACGUUGGCGAUUUAGUUUGGGGUCCGACGAAAGGCUUUCCCGCCUGGCCCGGUAAAAUUGUUGAUGUGGACGGCGAAGGGGUCUCUGUGAUGUGGUUUGGUGAAAAACUCGUAACUAAAAUCGAGCCGGGUAAACUGCAGACACUCACCGAAGGAUUAGACGCCCACCAUCAGGCACGAACGAAAGCAAGAACAAGUCGCAAACUGAAUACCCAAUUGGAAAACGCCAUCCAGGAAGCCAUGUCCGAGUUGGACAAGAAAAACGAAAGCGAGGACAGUGAGAAAAGAAAUCAAGAACAGAAAUCGAAGUCGCCGCAAAAAAAUGCUGGAUACACAAAGAAAACAUCGGGACGACUGCGCAGCAGUCAGAGAUGAAAAAAUUAUAUCACCGUAACAAUAAAUACCUGGACCAACAUCAAAACGGAACACAUUGUAUAUUCAUAUUGAAUCUUAUAGUAUAACUGGAGAAAAAGAAAUCGUAGAUAAAGAAUUUUUACUAAUGCUUCUUAAUGUUAAAGUGAAAUAUAAACUGUAGGCUGAUGUUAUAUGGUAAUGAUUCCUAGAAGAUGUAAUUUAUAUAAUCGUCAUGAUAUAAAAGAUAUUUUUCAAAUGCCUUUUUUAAUAAAAGAAAACAAAACUUAGAGUAAGUCUUGGCACUUAGUAAUUUGAACCUCAUUAAACAGUUUACAAUAUAUAAAUAUAUAUUCAUGUAUAAUAUUUAUAGACGUAAUAAAUUGGGCUUUCACUCAAUGUCUGACUAGUUUAUAUGAUUUGUAUUUGUUAUGUAUUAUUUAGUGUCCAAAAACUUUGAUUUACAUUUGCUAGAAAUCACGCCUUUAAAUUAUGCUUAACAUUAUUUCUUUAUCAACUUUUUUGGACAUUACAUUUUAUGUAAAACUACAAUAAUAGGGAGCUUAGGUAAUAUUCAAAACGUAUAUUGCGGGUCACAUGUAUCAUUAAAAUUAAAUUAUCUAAGAAAGUUAUUAGUUUAAAAUUGUCUGAUGAGAUUUUAUAUACGUAUAUAUACCGAUAAAUCCUGGGCCAAUAAAGAGCAAUGGUUACGGGAUCACCCAGACUAUGAUUGUCACAAAUUUUUUGUUCUACCAUCAAAGCAUUAUAUUUGUGAUGUAAUUCUCAAAUAUUUAUUUUUAAUAUGUUGAUGACUAUAUAUCAUAUAAUUACAAUGAUGGAAAUGGACAAAUUCUGUUUUGCGAAACAAAAAUGUGACUAUUUAGAACGAAUCAAGAUAAACUGUCGUCGUCAUGACACAUAAUGUUAAAUUACAAAAUUUAUUUGAAUACAUUUUUAUUAUUAUUGUAUAUUUAUUUCAUUUAUUAUACACCAUGUAAAUUAUUUACGUAUUUGUAUGUAUCUGUUCAAGAUUCUAUAUGUUCUCUGUACUUUCAUCGUUUCGUGAUUUCUAGUCAAAGUUGAUAGGUGCGACAUUUUUAUAUACUAUAUAACGACAAUAACCGUAAAAAAUUGGUUUCGUGGUGUAAUUAUGUUUUUGGUACUGUGAUAUACUUAAUAUCUGUAAUAAUCAUGUUUUACAUACAAUUCGAAAAUGAGAGCAACACACUUGUAUAGGUAUUAUCAUGAAAUAUUAAAUGUUUUUAUAUCAAAAAAGUUGUAAGAAAUAUAUAAUUGCAAAAUAUUUUCUAUUAGGACACUUAAAAAUUAUGGAACUAGUGAUGAUUUUGUAAUUAUUAAUAGCUUGCCAUUUUAGAGACAGUUCAGCACUGAGCUGCGCCAUACUUUAUUUAAAUUUUAAAAUGUUAUAACGGAAUUUUCAGGGUUUUAUUUUCUUUUGUAUAUUUUAAGUUGUAAGAAUUGUGUUUUGCAAAUGGACAUAUUGUGUGUUAGAUUUACAUUCUACUUCUCAAGUAUUUGAAUUGCUAUCGAUUAUUUUAGUUUAAUGCAUUUUAAUUAAUCGUUAGGAUCGAUAUGAACCAUAAUCAAAGGAUGUAAUAAUGCUUAUAUUAAGUAGUUACAAAAUAUACAUAUAUAAAUAUAUAAGUGAAAGUUGUACAUUAUAUUUUUAUAAAAUUAUGUAUUUAUUGUUUAUAGUUUCUUUUUUGUUUUUGUUUUUUAAUUAGAUUUGCUUAUUUAUUAAUUACUCUAAAAGAAUUGAAUUUUAUUAUACGUAAUUUAUGGAUUUUAAGAGAAAAUUCUUUAAAGCAUAAAUCAAAUUACGUUAUGAAACGAAUCAAGUUUGUAAAAAUGUUAAUAUUUAAAAUAUUUGCACAUAAUUUUCUAAUGAAUUUACUUAGUUGUAUAUUUUGUGAAAACACUAGGCAAUAAUUCAGUUUUUGUUACAGCAAAUUAUCUUUAGUAAAUCUUGUUUAUAGUAAACCUUUCUUUUUAAUACAAUAGCAUCACAAUAAUAUUAUAAUACAUACUGAAGCGAGAAAUAGGAAAAAUAGGAGCCGUCCACUAAUACAGAAAAUCAUUUAUAUUGUCAAGUGGACAUUUCUUAUUUGUUUAUUUUGUUUGCACUUGGGCGUUUAACAAAACCAAAAGUAAAAAAAAUACCUAUUUGACUUCCAUAAAUUACAAAAACUAUUUCCUGACGUACCUCAAUUAAUUUUGUUGGACCGUCCCAAGUACCUGUGCAUAUCUGUUAUUUAUUUCUCAGUUUUAUUUUGUAUAUAUUUUAUAGGUACCUGUUUUUCAUGUCACAGAUAUGAAUUGUGUAACCGCUGAAUUUUCGGUGGUCGUACAUUCGAACUGAAUUUGUUCGUGAAUUCGACCAACCUUGUAUGUAUGUUUCUGUAAAUAUAUUGUAUUAAUACUUUACUGUUUGGCCUGCUAUGUUCUGGUUGAACAAUCCUCCAGCCCAAUAAAUACUGGAUUAGAUAAG